AUGUCUGUAUUAAAAUUUGAGGACGUGUUGAAAAGUUCUAAUGAAAAUAAAAUAGAAAAUAAUUCAAUCAAAACAGAUAAAAAAGUUAAGCCAAAAGUUGAAAAACUUGAAAUUCCUAAAGGUAAACCAAAAUCAGGACGAAUAUGGAAAAAUCAAAAAACAAGAUUUAAGGCAAAUAUCAAAUCAAAAGGUUUAAAAAAACCAUACGAGAAAAAAGAAAAAUUACGUGAAGAAUUAAAACGAGCCAAAGAAGCAUCACGUGCGGUAUUAGAACGGCGUAAACAAGAAAAAGAAGCUAAACGUUUACGAACGGAAGAAAAUAAAAAACGUCAAGAGGAAAAUCGUAAACGUAGUGAAAUUGUUCAAGUGAUUAAAAAUACAGCCAAAUUAAAGAAAAUGAAGAAGAAACAUCUUAGAUUUAUUGAAAAGCGUGAUACUACAAAUAUGUAAUAUAAAUUUUCUUUUAUUA